AUGUUGUGGAGUGCAAACAAAGCUCACGAUAGAAAUCAAUUUUUCAGUCAAGCAAGAGGUGCCAAAUUUGUUCUUGAUUUCAAUGAACCAGAACGUGCUAAUCAAGCAAAUAUGAAUCCAGUGGAAGCUACCUAUGCUUGGAAACAAUAUAUUGAAUCUCUCAGAGCUCAAGGUGCUCGACUUGGUUCACCGGCUAUUGUCUCGACUAAUCAAGAACUCAAUUGGAUGCAACAACUUCUCAACGAAUUGAAUAAAAUUCGCGGACGAAUUGAUUUUCUUGCUUUGCAUUGA